AUGAGAGGUGGGACAAGCGAAGGGGAGGAGGCGCUGAGAGGGGAACUUGCGACCCUCAAGGUGCAAGUCGCGGCCCUUCAAAAAGAAAAGGAGGAGAGAGACCGGGGGAUGAUGCCACCCCCCGGGCUGCCGCGGACUGAGAGGGAUGCCAACCCUACUGGGGAGGACACCCGGGAGGAGGAGAUGAUGGAGGUGGCCGAUGCUGGGCUACCACUAGAUCCCCCUCCCCCCGGGAAAGUAGCCGACCCCCCGCCCCCGGAGAAAAAGACCUGGGAGGUGGUCACGCCGAAGGCGGGCACCUCCCGGGUCCCAAGGCCGGGGAGAGGGAGAUCGCGGACAAGGGGGAAGGAGAGGUCCUCUUCCAGGAAGAGGACCGAUCCCCUUCAAAGCCUGGCGAAGAACCCCUCUCUACCAUCCCCCCAGGCCCCGAAGAAAACGGGGAAGCCCCUGCUAGUGAAAGCAGGAGAGCUCACGGGGGAGAUGGUGGAGAGGAGGAUUCAGGAGGCCGUGGAUCGGUCCCAAAGGGAGAUCCUCCAGAGGAUGGAGGGGAUCCGGGAAGAAGAAGAAGAAGAAGAAGAAGAAGGGAAAGGCCCCCCCCAGCAGCAGGCGCAAGAGGUGAGGGAGGCGGAUCCCCCGAAGAAGGGGAACGGCGGCCUCCCCCAACCCGCCGCGGACGUCGAGAAUUACGCGACGGUGUUGGGGAGGAGAGCGAGAGCCGCAGAAAAGAAAGCGGCUAAGGGAGCCCCUAAGGCGGCUGCCUCCGGCCCCCCGGUGAAGGGGCAAGCCGGCGCAGCGCCUAAAAAGGCCCCUAGGCGGAGGCUCCCGCGCACGUUGGCCGUGGUCCUCACGCGUCCCAACGGGGACUACCGUGAGGCCAUGGCCAGACUGCGGCGGGAGAUCAGCCUGGAAGAACUUGGCAUCGGGGACCGGGUCAACGUUAGAUCCGCGGCCACCGGUGCCAAGAUAAUAGAGGUGUCCGGCGAGGGCCACGCCGAAAAGGCGGACGCCCUCGCGGGUUGCGUCACGCGUGUCUUCCUCGGGGAGGAGGGCACGCGUGUGGAUCGUCCAAGGAGGAUGGCCGAGGUGCGCGUGCGCGACCUUGACUCCUCCUUGGACGUUGAGGAGGUGAAGGGGUGGGUCGCGGAGGCCGGGUGCUGUGGCGCCUCCGACGUGCAGUGCGGGGCACUGCAGCCGGCCGCCGGGGGCAGCCAUAGCCUCUGGGCCAAUGUGAACCACUCUCCACAGGCGCAAGAUUUGCUCCAACAAAGCGUGGUGGAGAGUGGUUUCACGCUGGCGAUCGUGUCCGAGCCCCACCGCCCCCCGAGAGACAGCCCAUAUUGGGCUGUCGAUAACGGACGGGCGGGGGACUCGGUCGCGAUUCGGUGGCGGUCGGUGCCGGGUGGUCCCGAUACGGCCGCCAUCGAAAAAGGGGAACGGCAUAUGGCCGUUCAAUGGGGGCCCAUCGCGGUCGUUGGGGUCUAUUUGAGGCCCACCAGGCGCCUCCCCCCCUUUGAGGGCUGGCUCUCGGACAUCGGGCAGGCGCUCGUACGCCUGAGUCCGAGGCCGGUCCUCGUGGUCGGGGACUUCAACUCGUGGCACACGAAGUGGGGUUCCCGGCACACGAACGGGAGGGGUAAGGCCCUGGACGAGUGGGCGGCGAUGCACGGGCUGGUCCUCGUGAACGAGGGCCAGACCUCCACCUGCGUGCGGACGCAGGGGGAGUCCAUUGUGGACCUCACAUGGGCUACCCCCUCGGCCGCGCGCUUGAUUACCGGGUGGAAGGUGGAGCGGGGCGUCGAGACUCUAUCGGAUCACCGAUAUAUAACGGUGGAGCUCGGCGUCCUCUCCUCCGUGCGUCGCCAAGAGGAGACGCGACCGCGAUGGGCCCUCCGGAAGCUCUGCGAGGACGACCUGAUGGCCUCGAUUGAGGCCGCCUGUUGGGUCCGGGGAAGUUUCCCCGGGAUCCGGGAGACGGACCCCCUGCAGGAGGCCGAGUGGAUAGGGGCAACGCUCACCGCGGCGUGCAACGCCGCGAUGCCCCGAUCCAAGGCUCGGCCUCAGCGGGCCGUCUACUGGUGGACGGCAGAAAUCGCCGACUUGCGUCGACGAGCCGUCCACCAGCAGAGGAGACUCGUCCGCUGCAGGCGCAGAGGCGAACAGGCGGCCGAACAAGCCAGGGAGGGCUACCUUGAGGCCAAG